UAAAUUGCCACAGCGGAAUGUGGAUAUAACGCGGACGGUCCAGUGAAUAUAACUUGUAGUGUGAAGGGAAGUGAAAAAAAAAAAAACAAAAUAAUUCUAAAAAUCUAGAAAUUUAAUGUAAAAAAUAACAAGGAAAAUUAAAUAAAAAUUGAAAAAAAUAUGAGCUCCUGGAACAAAGUGAAAACGUCGAUUCCUUAAAAAAAAAUAAAUAAAUAAAAAAAGCUGCAACUCAAUUGUGAAUAAUGCCAAGUCAUAAAUGACAUCUCCAAAAAUAUUUUAAAUUCCAUUUCAAAAGGAAUCAUUAAAUUACCCAAAUCCAUAGCGGAAGCAGUCACAGCCUUAGCAGUAGCAGAAGCAGCUCACAACAACACAUAAAUAUACAAAAACCACAACACAAUUUCUGGAUGGUUGGAGAUAAGCGAAUGGAUAAAGACAACUACGAAAAACCGGAAAUACAUAUUUGAGAUUUUUCCGAACGGAAAAUUUGCACAAUGUAGUGAAUGCUGUGUGUGGCACCAAACAAUGGAAUGAAAUGCUCAAUUUAUAUGAAACAAAUAGGCCUAGAGGAGUAAAGAAAAACGAAGAACAGAAAAAAAAACACUACAACAAACACACGUACACAUAUACAUACAUAACAAAAGGAACUUGAAAAGCACAUGCAAUCUGGAUAAUUGUUAAAAAAUAAAGAACAAAAUUACAAUAAUGACGUCACUUGCAACGACAAAAGCAAUUGCCAAAGAAGAAAGACAACAACAGCAAAUACCAAACGCCACCAUAACCUUUGAGACUUGAUAAGCAAUUUAUAAACAAAACAAAAAAAUCAACUACAACAACAAGUAAAUUUUUUUCCAGUCAGAGUUGUUUUCUCCCCCCACCUACCAUACCACCCACAAAGUCUAGAGGAAAGAGAGAGUGCCAAAACUUUUGUCCCCUUCACUUUUCAACAAAAAUCAACGGGCUGGAGUAAAACUAUUUCCCACAACAAUUAUCUGGAGCUGUUGAUGCCAUCCAACUUUUAUGGCAGCUUAAGACUACGACAACAACAAACACAAAAUAUCCUACGACUUUGUUGCUGCCUCCUGGUGUUAUUAAAUCUGGGAUCUCAGUCGCAUCACCAUCACAGCCAGCGUUGACGUUGUCUACAUCCGUUGGGCUUAUCCUGUUUACCGUUUGCGCCGACACAAUUGUUUCAUUUAUUUUGCAAUUCCUUCCUUCGCUCACUCGCUCUCUCCGACUCUCACUGCUGACGAAAGCCGUUCCCUUUGAUGUGUCAUCACCAACAAACGAAAGUUUUUCAUCCUGCCACCAAGGAAUUGUUGUGACUGAAUGUAACGCCCCAUUUUCACGUUCGUUACGCAGCUGUUGGCCUUUCUUUGCCAACCUUGUAUCCGUCUGUCUGUCUGGCAGCAAGCUUAGCGUUGUUGCUGUUCUUGCUGCUGUCUAUGACAUUUUGCUGUGUCGGCGGCGUGUCCCUUCACCUUCCGUUUUGUAAAUAAAUAAAUAGUGAAAUUAUACAAAAUGUCGGAGCAUUUACCAUCAACGUCAACAGCACGUAUCCACUACAGUGACGAUGUGUUGGCAAGCGAAGAGUAUCGUUCGGAAUAUCGUCGUCAAGAAUUCAACAGCAAGGAGUCCAUAAACCUAACACCCUCGGCCACACCACACGGUUCGCCACAAUCCCGCCAACGUUUAGGACAGCAUUUAAGUAAAUCAGCCUCCGAAUUGAACGGUCACAAGGAAUCACCGCAGACAUCACCGAAACGGGCGAAAAGUGCAGCUGCGCCACACACAUCCUCAAGUGGCGGAGGAGGGGUGUUGCAGAAAACCCAUGGCUUCUUUAAUAAUCUGAAACAUCGUUGGGGACGAGCGAAAAGUAAGGAUCGGGUGGGGCGUAAGUCACCUAAUGAUUUUCUCGAGGAGAGUACGGAUUAUGCUGCCGACUACAGUUCGGAGAGUAGUUCUGUCACCCAAUCGCCAAGGCAUAGAUCGAAGACCAUAGGAGGUUCACCUUUGGCCAAGGAAUUUAAGGCCACCGCUAGAAUGGCCCAGGCCAUCCAGAGAUUUGGUGGUUCCAUGGAGGGACGGAUUGAUGAGCAUCCUGAGAAUGGGGGCAGCAAUUAUGGGGCCAAUGAUUCGCAUUUGACAGCCCGGCAAAUUGAACAUUUACAGGCCGAAGAGAAACGCCGCAAAAAGGAAGCCCAAUUACGUCAAUAUGUCUUCUUUCAACUACGUGUUCAUCUCAAGAAUGGCAGUGAUUUAGUGGCCAUGGAUAAAAAUGGUCUGAGUGAUCCUUAUGUUAAAUUUAAAAUGGGCGGCCGCCUCUUACACAAAUCCCGCACAAUACAUCGAGAUUUGAAUCCCGUGUGGGAUGAAGUUUUUGUGGUGCCAAUUGAAGAUCCUUUUGAGCCAAUUAUUGUUAAGGUAUUCGACUACGACUGGGGCCUGCAGGACGAUUUCAUGGGAUCGGCAAAAAUCGAUUUGACACAACUGGAAUUAGGCAUUGCUGAAGAUGUCAAUUUGGCGCUGCACGAUGUCAACCACCCCGACCGGCCAAUGGGCGAAAUUCUGGUGAAUUUGACUCUGUGGCCGCGCAGUCAAGAGGACAAAGAGCAGCAUUUCCAGCGAAACUCAAAAUUGGCUGAAUCAUCGAAACGUUUAAAGUCUCAAAUCUGGAGUUCAGUUGUUACGAUAUUGCUGGUUAAAGCCAAAGGUUUGCCGCUGGCAGAGGAUGGCAAUAAAUUAAAUGAUGCCCACAUCAAAUUUAGACUUGGAAACGAAAAAUACAAAAGUAAAUCAUCAUGGACGGAACGAUGGCUGGAACAAUUCGACCUGCAUCUGUUCGAAGAGGAACAGCAGCUGGAAAUAUCAUUAUGGAAUCGUAAUACCCUAUUCGGCAAAGCUUCCAUAGAUUUAAGUGUAUUCGAGCGAGAAAAUACCCAUGGCAUUUGGAAACAAUUUGAAGACUGUCCCGGUGAGGUAUUCCUCAUGUUGACCAUAAGCGGAACAACGGCUCUCGAAACAAUCAGCGAUUUGAAGGCGUUCAAGGAGGAUCCACACGAGUUGAAAGCAAUGACCGAACGUUAUCGUUGGCAUCGUUGCUUUCAAAAUCUACGCGACGUCGGCCACUUAACGGUGAAGGUGUUCGGGGCUCAGGGUCUGGCCGCAGCCGAUAUUGGUGGUAAAUCGGAUCCAUUUUGUGUGCUGGAAUUGGGAAAUGCCCGCUUGCAGACGCAAACGGAAUAUAAGACUUUAACGCCAACGUGGAAUAAGAUUUUUACAUUCAAUGUAAAAGACAUAACCCAAGUUCUGGAAAUCACAGUUUACGAUGAAGAUCGCGACCAUCGUGUGGAGUUCCUGGGGAAAUUGGUAAUACCCUUGCUGCGCAUUAAAAAUGGUGUCAAGCGUUGGUAUACUCUGAAAGACAAAAAUCUCUGUUCGCGGGCCAAAGGUCUAUCGCCACAGAUUCUCCUAGAGAUGCACGUGGUAUGGAAUGAAGUGAGAGCAGUCUGCCGUGUCCUGCAACCGAAAGAGGAGAAAUUAAUCCAACAGGAGGCCAAGUUUAAAAGACAAUUAUUUUUACGAAAUGUUAAUAGACUGAAAGUGAUAAUUAUGAAUAUACUCGAUGCUGCACGCUAUGUACAGAGCUGCUUUGAAUGGGAAAGUCCCCUUAGAUCAGUUAUAGCAUUUACUUUGUGGAUUGUAGCCUGCAUUUAUGGAAAUUUGGAGACGGUGCCGCUGGUUAUUCUUCUAAUAAUACUCAAAAAUUGGCUGGUCCGUUUAAUUACGGGACAAUCGGAUUCAACAAGCGGUAGUUAUGAUUAUGACUACGAUGAGGAUGAUGAUGACGACAAGGAGAAGGAGGAAAAGAAAUCCAUAAAGGAACGUUUGCAGGCCAUACAGGAAGUCUCACAAACUGUACAGAACACCAUAGGCUAUUUGGCGUCGCUGGGAGAGAGUACCAAGAAUACCUUUAAUUUUUCCGUCCCCGAACUAACCUGGUUGGCAGUGGUUCUACUAAUUGGUGCCAUAAUUGUCUUACACUUUGUACCUAUACGUUUCCUGUUACUCUUCUGGGGCAUAAUGAAAUUUAGCCGAAGAAUAUUGCGACCGAACACCAUACCCAAUAAUGAGCUGUUGGACUUUCUCUCACGGGUGCCAGAUGAUGAAGAACUUAAUCAAUUUCGAGAAUUACCGCCCACCGCUGUCAGCGAUGCUCAGCGUGGCAAUCCCAAGAAGAAAAUCAAAGCAUCAUAGUCUCGGGCCAGCAUCGAGGACGCUGAUAACAUACGUGACUUCCUCAGUACCAGUGAUUAUUCCAGCAAACCCGUAGCCUCGUCUACCAUCGCCGCGGUACAUGCAGCCGCAGCUAUGCCACAACAUGUUGUCAACCUCUCGACACGUUCCAUGCGUAAUGUAUCGCACAUGUUCAAAGCCAGUACGGAUAGUUUACGAAUGGCAGCAUUUAAGAAGAUACAUAAAAAAUCAAAUGAUAAAUACGACUAGAGCAUCAAAAUCCGAACCAAAAACAAAACGUGAAUCAAAAGUGACAGCAUUAAAUACCCAAGGAACGCAACCAUUUUUUCCAUUUAAAAUUUAGAAAUACAAAAUUAUAUUCCAUUUUGUCUCAGCAAAACAAACAUCACAUACAACUCAAAUGCACUGUUACAACAACAACAAACGAUUAUGUACAUACACCUCAUUUUUUAUAUAUUUAAAAAUACUAAUUUAGUAUACAUACAACAUAUUUACACUGAGAAGAAAAAACCAAAACAACAAAAAAAACUAAAUUUAGAUGGAAUCAAUCUAUUGUCUAUCCACUUGGAACAUGUUGCAAGUUGUAAGGGUGGAAGAUAAGAUAAAAUAUUCUAGAAUGUGUAUUAUUUAUCUUCUCCGACGAGCUCUAGAAGAAAUCCAUUAAAGAGUACAAUAUAUUUGAUUAUAAAGGAUUGGGGAGGCUCCUGUAGUUAACUUUAAAAUUUGGGGUUGUUUAUUGAGUAAAGGCUCCAACUAGGGAUUAUAUUAUAGAAGAGCCCCGAAAAAGGAUUUUAAAUAUAUUAUAGGCGAGUCAAGGUGGGAUUUUAUAUUUAAAUAUUUAAAAAAGACCAAAAAGAGAAUAUUAAGAAGACUCAAAAGGAUUUUCAUACAAAACGAUCGACUCUAACAAGUCGAUAUGAGGAGGGAGUCUAUUUGUGACAACCACAAAAAGGUGUAUAUUAUAAAUGAGCUAAAAAGGCUUAAAAGGCUCCUAUUGCUGUUGAAGUCAGAAUAGAAAUUCUAUCCCAACAGACAAAACCUGAAAAGGCCUGAACCUGAAUCAAUUAGAGACGUAACGUAGAAAGGAUGUCUAAACAGCCCUCUGAAGAGGGCUUCUAAGAGAGCGAGCUCUAAAGAGAGGAUUUUUAGGGAUCAGCCCUGGAAGACUCAGAUCAGCUUAAGGCGUGCUUCGAUGAUGAGUUUGUUUAUAAUAGAGAUCUGAAGGUGGAAUUCUUUAUAGAAAAACUUAAAAAACUGAUAAAAAAAAAUUUGACAUAGAAAUCCUUAUCGACUAACUCCGAAUAGGCUUUCCUACAAAAACGCACUUUGAAGAGGAAGGUUUGGAGGGCCGAAAUGAAUAUAUACAUGUAAUCACAGUUAAAGAAAGAUUUUUAAAAAAUCAACAUUUUUACAGGAAACCAGUUGGAUUCUUUUGAACAACCACCCAUUGGCGACUAGAAGUGAAAAUUUUGGAAUAUUUUCCAUUAGUGGACGAUCUUAUAGCUGAUGUGUGAGGAGAUCAAGAGAGAAGAGAAAGAGAGACCAUUCACCAUUCUAUGGAUGGUAUAGUAAUGUUGUCAUUCCUUUUGUAACUCCUCGAAAAAAGAGUUUCUGACGGCACAAGGAAUAUAUAUUCUUGAUCAUUUUUAGAUUCUAAAUCGAUUUAGCCAUAUGUCAGUUUCUCCGUCCGUCAGACAGAGGUCUGUGGAAAGUACUCUAAGUUCUGAAAGGAGUAAAGUAGGAUGUCAAGCUCUUACUGAAAUUCUAUUUAGUUCCACAGAAUUAAAAUAAUUAUUAAAAAUGGGCCAUAUAGGUCCAUAUUUUGUCUUAGCCCCCAUAUAACUAUACCGUGUUGAAAGUUUGAGUAACAAUUGUAUACAUUGUUUUCGCCGUUGGUUAGAAAGAUCCUUGCAGUCCAAGUUUUGGUAUCGACCCAUAAUAUAAAUUACCGUCCCCAUUUUCGGCUUUUUGAUGAUUUUUGUCACACUUUCACCGGAAUGUUUUGUUUUUUUUUUUAAUAUGGUAUCUAAUGUGUACUACGCCCACGUUUAGGUAUAGAUAUUUUAAUGAUUUCAGCUACAACGGAAUUAUUUCAAAGUUGGUAUUUGGUGUUGCCAAUAGUUGCUCUGACAGAAAAUUAUCUACAUGGGUCCAGAUUUUUAUAUAGCCCACAUACAACUGUACCUAAAGAUAUUGGGUAUUUUGAGGAUGUAUGCCACAUUUUCAACGCAAAUGUUUGAAUUAUAAAAUUCGUAAUGGAUUCCUGUGACAGAAAACCACCUAUACCGGCCCACAUUUUCCUAUAACCCCCAUAUUCGGAUAUCUUUCGAUAUUUGGUAUUUUGCCGAUUUUAGCCACAUUUUCCACAAAAUUGUUUCAAUAUUGGUAUAUGGAGGUACCUCCUUCUCUACCAGAUAAUCUUCUGUACAGGUCUACAUUGACUGUACCCCCCGAUAUUUUAUUUAGAGGCAUAUGGCAAGAGAACGUAUUUAUAAUUUCAUACGGCCAAAACAUGUAUCAUCGAAAUACCGCUUUUAAACCCUAGGUCUUUUGGAUCAAAUCCAUUUUAAUAUAUUUGGAUUCGAUCUAGCAAUGUCCUUCCGGUAUAAUAACUACCGAAAAGAGUAUCCGAUUUGGCACAAACUUGGUACAUUGUAAUAUUAAUAUCAAACUUAUAUCGAAUUCGGAGAUAAGCAAUAUCGGUGCACACCUUCUGAUACCUCCCGUACAAAAGGACGAAGUUUUCAAAAAAAUAUAUAUUUUACUGCAUAGAAAGAGAGAGGAGAAUCCAAUUUUUUCAACAGUGCUACGUCAAGAUAAUAGUCUAUUUAGGUCCACGAUAUCGUAUGGCCCCCAUAUAACGGUACCCCCCGAUAUUCCAUAUUUUAAUGAUUACAGCCACAUUUUUCAAUGGAAUUGUCUUAAAAUCCACACAAGUGGUUCCUUCUGAGUUCUUUAGUUUUUUGACGAACUUUUCUGAAUCCCACUAUAUUUCAGCUCAGAGAAAGAGGAAAUGAUUUUAAAACGACAGAAGAUCCUAUGUUAAAAGUGACAAAGAUAAGCUCAAGAGAAAGUCAAGAAGUGGUAGAGAACAAAUUAAGUCGGAUCACACAAUACAUGAAUCACAGACGAAGUCUGUCAGAUUCAAGAGAGAGUGCAUUAUCGAUAAACUCUGAAUGACAUUUUUUUGCGUUACCUGACGGAAAAAUAUACAUUUUUUCUUGGAUAUUUAAAAAUUAUCAAAUAUCUUAUUUUCUCACACAGCAAAUUCAAAUAAUGAUCAAUGAGCUAAGAAGGACGACAAAGUUACUGAGCCAAAUAAGAUUAGAUUUUUGAUAAAGUAGAAGGUUGCAUUGUCCAUCUUUCCCUAACAUUGGCUCUUAAACCAAAGAUUUACUCACAUAUACUGACCAUCUUUUAUGUUAUUGUAAAAAAUGAAUCAGAGCAUGAAUAAAAUUUAUAUCUUGGAACUAUUUAAGAGCCAUUUGAAUAUUUAACCUUUUAAAUGCUUCAACAAUUUAACAUUAAUUAAUAGAUCCACGUUUAGUUCCUGAAAAAAAAGUUUAGUUCUUGAAAACCUUAAAAACAGCCCACAUUUUUGACCCUGAUGCCCCACGUUUGUGGCUCUCACUAAAAAUCGAAUGAUAAAUAAAACUUGAAAAUAACCGAUAAAAAACGUCUUACUUUUAAAUGAAAACUUGUUUGAAUAAUUCCAUAUCGUUAAGAAUAAAUCAUUAUUUGAUAUCUGUUCUUUCUUUAUUGUCUCUUUCGUUUCACUUCGAUUUUACCAAAGAAAAAACACUUUUUGAGUCACUGGUCAUGAUGCCGUUACAACUGAAUUACCAUUGCGGUUCUUUCUAUCUCGCAAUGGUCGCAAUUAUGGCCCGAUCUUCACGAAAUUUAGAAUGGAGGUGGGUCUACGGCCAGAUUAGAAGCCUAUUGCUUUUGGAGAUGAUCGCAUAAUAUUUAAGGGUUGAAAAGGUCCAAAAACUGAAAAAUGCCCUGAUUUUGCAGUUGUUCUACAGGUCGCAAUUAUAGACCAAUCGAAGCAGAAGUUAGCAUAAGGCUAGAGCUGGGUAGAAGCCUUCCAAUUUUGAUGGUCAGUGGGUAAUAUUGAGAGGGUCAAAAAAGCAUAACAUUUGUGUGAAAGAAAAGUCAAAGUUUCCAUUAAACUGCGAAUAUUUUUAAUCGCCACGAAAACACAAAUAGACGUUACGUAGAUGCCAAUAGUAAAUUUUUUGGAUAUAUAGUGAAAUAUAUACAAUGUGUAGAAGAAGGAAGGGGAUGUUAGCCAGAGUGCUUAUAUCUCAAGAAUGGCUGGCCACUAUUGAAAACUAAUCGACAUGGAAUUUCGCAUCAGAAGAGAGUUAAGGACAGGGAAGUAUUCUAGCACUUUGGAUGACAAUUGGAUUAAAUUUAGCUGCAAAAUGGACCACAAUAACUAACAGCACGACGGAGUGCGUAAAUAUUGGUCAAAUUCUCCGGGUCAAAAACCUAAGGGUAAACUCUGCCCAGGGCUCUUUCACAUUUUUUCAAAAACGAAAUCUUUCAAAACGGAUUUGGAUAUAAGGGGACUUCGAACAUAUUGUAGUGUUGUACAUUAUCACAUGGUCGGCCCCGCACGGCUAUAGCCUAUGCUUACUUUGUUUUUUUUUUUAUACCCUACACCACAAGGUGCACAAAGACAUAAUACCCUCAGUCUUUGUGCAUUUGUUUGUAACAGGCAAAAGGAAACGAGAUAGACACAUAGUUCCUUUUGAUGAUCUGCAUAGAAU